AUGGGCAUUUCUCCUCUGGAGGCUAGGCUGUCGAGCAUGGAGACAGUGCGUGGCAACCGGGUGGACAACGUCGACCAACAGUUGAAAAAUCAUGGUGACCGAAUCGAGAAGAUGGAGGAGCUGCUGGCGUCCAAGGAUGCUACACCGCGUUCGCGCACAUCGGAGCACAGUCUUGCCGUCGAAAGGCAGAUUGCAGAUUUGCAACUGCAAACUGAUGGUUUGCGCGUUUCCCCCAACACCGACAACAUCAUCAGCACGUAUGUCAAGUCGGAAAAGUUCCAAGGCUUGCUCUUUGUGAAGUUUGCUUCCGUCGUAGAUCGUGACACAGCAGUUGCUUUGCUACGCAGUGGCUCUUUGAAGAUUGGCGACUCGGCGGUUUGGGCCACGCAAGAUCUACCCAUGCCUGUGCGUGCUCGAAAACUUUUCCUUAUGGGUUUGAGCUGGCAGCUUGCUCAGUGGGGCUUUUGGAAACAAGAGAUUCACAUCAAUGACGAUUUCACUUGCAUGCACAUCGGAACAAAGCUUGUCAUCAAGAUUGCCAAUGGCGAGGGUCGCUUGAUCUUUAAUUGGGCCGAUGAUUGGGCUCAGUGGGCGGAGUGGCAGCAAAGUGAAGAGCUUGGACAGCUCAUUGCGCGAUCGCAAUCCAUCCUGCAAAAGCACAUGGGGAAGGGACUAGGCAAGUCGAAAAGCAAAUCCUCCCCGCAUUAG